GAACAGAACUCACGAGAGGGUCAGUGGCGCUCCUUAAAAGUUUGGUGUUUAAGAGGUGCUGGGGCACUGGGGGCAGAUGGAGCGUGGAACCAGCUGCUAAACAUCUGCAACCUUCCUUUGUAAAUCUGCGGCUGUUCACCUCCGGCUUUAUCGCAUCGUUCCUGCAUAGUAGAAAGUAUGAAUAUGGUCAAAUAAGAUUUUGCUGUCACAAAGCAAGCUGUUUGCCGCGAUGCAAAUGGACACGUCCCCCUGACGGGCCAAGCUCUUAAAAAUGGAAACCGACACCAUUAAACGCUCGGAAUUAUUCAAAACUCACCAUGUUCCAUUCGUCAUUGUAACAAGUGAAAGGACAUAAGUAAUGCCGAUGCCAUUCGUUCAUAAAUGCAGUUUUCACCAACUUUCACUCAAGAGCACAGAUAAAAAUGUAAGCACAGCACUGUACAAAUCCAAAUCCCAGCACGUCUUUAUUCAGCUGCCACCCUUUUUAUCUGUUUCUCCUGCUCCUCCCAUCACAGCUCCGUGCAGAGGUUGUUCUCCCCUGGUUAAAGGCUCCAGCUUCCACCGUGCACUUGCAUUUUGCAGCAUACCAUCGUCACUGCUGUGCACCAACUCAGGUUGUGAGGAUCGAGGGGCGAGCGACAGAUGACCACGCGCGCCUGAUAUAACACGUCAUUAAAAGGAGGAAGAGUCGAAGUUGACGUUCCCUCAACAUGAGGGCAGCGGAUUGGGGAUAGAACACGGUUGCUAAAGGAGCGCGACCUAUUUUGGAGCGUCAUACAGCGUCCAAUACUUUUACGCACGGCAUUCUCUGCCAUGGCACCGCUUUUGGAUCGACGCGCUCCCGUUUUGCUCUUGAUUUGGAGUUACUGCGUCGCGGCCGACAGCGCUUUUACGAACUUUUCCGUGGACAACGAGUUCCACUCCAGCUUCAUCCACCGCCGACUGCGGAGCCAGGAGCGCAGGGAGAUGCAGCGAGAGAUCCUGUCCAUCCUGGGGCUGCCUCACCGGCCGCGUCCAAACCUCCACGGCAAGCACAACUCUGCUCCCAUGUUCAUGCUGGAUCUGUACAACGCCAUGUCCACGGAGGGAGACGAGGACAGGUACUCUUAUCCCUACAAGCCCAUCUUCACCACGCAGGCACCCCCCAUCGCCAGUUUGCAAGACAACAACUUCCUCAAUGAUGCAGACAUGGUCAUGAGCUUCGUCAAUCUAGUGGAGCAUGACAAGGAAUUCCUGCCAGUGCGGCGGCAUCAUCGAGAAUUCCGAUUUGACCUGUCCCAGAUUCCUGAGGGAGAGGCGGUCACUGCUGCUGAGUUUCGUAUUUAUAAAGACUUCAUUGAUGAGCGUUUUGAUAAUGAAACUUUUCGCAUCAGCAUCUACCAAGUGCUGGAGGAACAUUCCGACAGAGAGUCGGACCUUUUUCUCCUGGACACACGAGUCAUCUGGGCUGCAGAGGAGGGCUGGCUGGUUUUCGAUGUGACGGCCACCAGCAACCACUGGGUCCUCAACCCCGGACGAAAUCUGGGUCUCCAGUUGGCUCUAGAGGGCACAAACCGAGACAGCAUAAACCCUCGUGCGGCAGGCUUGAUCGGUCGCAGCGGGCCGCAGAACAAACAACCAUUCAUGGUGGCCUUCUUCAAAGCAACCGAGGUGCACCUGCGGAGCAUUCGAUCAGCGCAAGGGGGCGCCAAGCAGCGCAACCCCAGUCGCUCCAAAGGGGCCAAGAGCCAAGAGGCCCUGCGAGUGGCCAAUAUUGCAGAGAACAGCAGCACUGAUCAGAAGCAGGCCUGCAAGAAGCACGAGCUGUACGUCAGCUUUCGAGAUCUCGGGUGGCAGGACUGGAUCAUCGCCCCCGAAGGAUACGCGGCGUACUACUGCGAGGGCGAGUGCGCCUUCCCGCUCAACUCGUAUAUGAACGCCACAAACCACGCCAUUGUGCAAACGCUCGUUCACUUCAUCAACCCAGACACAGUCCCGAAGCCCUGUUGCGCUCCCACGCAGCUUCACGCCAUCUCAGUGCUUUACUUUGACGACAGCUCCAAUGUCAUCCUCAAAAAGUACCGCAACAUGGUUGUCAGAGCUUGCGGGUGCCAUUAGACGCUGGUCACCUUGUCACAUACUGGCACACACACACACACACACA